AUGCGUACUUCCUUCGUCGUGCUCGCCAUCUCGGCCGUCACCGCUGUCUCUGCCCAGCGCAAGGUCUACUCUGCCGCUGACAUCAAUGUCGCCAAUGUCAACCUUCAGACCAGAGCUUCCUGGUGCACUGGUGAGCGCAACGUCUGCAAUGUCCUUUGCAACCGCGCCACUGCCAACGAGUGUGAUCCCGCCACCCUGAACUACACCUGCACCUGCUCCAACGGCACCGCUCCCGGACUCGAGUACUACGAGCAGACCCUUCCCACUUUCAUCUGCAACCAGGCUUUCGAGGACUGCAUCGCUGCCAACGUCGGCAACGCCCGCGGCCAGACCAACUGCACCGACUCCAUCAAGUCCCAGUGCGGUACCAUCGACGCCCAGGCCGAUUCCGCUGCCUCUUCCACCACCACCUCUGCCGCCGCUACUGGCACCGGCUCCGGCUCGACUACCGGCACUGGCACCGGCUCCCAGGCUUCCCAGACCCCCGCCUCCUCCAGCUCAUCCGGUUACGCCGCCCCUACCGCCGCUCCCCGCUAUGGCAAUGCUGCCGCCGUUGCUGCGAUUGGUCUUUUCGCCUACAUGCUCUAG